GUCACCGGCACCACACUCUCUAUAGCAGGCCGCAUCCCCAACAACAAGCAAACUGUCCUUACCAAUGCAAUGAACAAAAAACCUAAACACACGCAUCACAAGGGGCUUGCAGCUGAGGGCCAUGUUCAAAACUCUAAGCGGAACAUCAUGGACAUGGGCGCACUAGAGAAGGAAUUCGAUAAAGAUCUUGGCCAAUGGGUAGAAAAAACCACGCAUGAUCCUUCACAUACAACGCGACAUGCGCAUUCGCAGCACACGGAGGCGAACAAGGCUGAAUCGUGCGCGUCACCCCCAAUGAGUACGCCGACGCCUGCUCUCAAUGCUCAUGGGGUGUUGGCAGUCAAGGCAGCCAGUCCUCUGCUGGAUGAUCCACUUGAUGCCAGCACGCCUACUCCUUCUUCAUCAUGCUCGAGCCAGGCAAGCUCCAGAUCAAGUUAUCCGCCAAGCAGCCGUCAAUCCAAUCAGAGUAUUCCAGUCUCGCGUGUGUCCGUGUCUCCUCCAAGACAAAGCACAACUCAAAGCAGCCCACCGAGCCAAGCACAACCGGCUCCAUAUCCGACCAAUACACUCGUCGUGACCAAUGUCAAUGGAACCAUUCAAAAUAUCACUUAUGGUAAUGCGCAUAAUGGCUCUGAUGUCUUGCCAUGGCUCAGAAAACCAACUGCUUUAGCGGUUUCAGCGACGGAAGUAGGCAAUGAGGCAAUAGCUACACCUACAAUGACAAAUGCUAUGGACGAUCUUGGCGUGGCCGUUGCGUCAUCUGUUGUGCUCACUGCCUCACCCACGCCAUCCUCUUCAGCUGGAACACUUGGACCAGGCACGGCCGGCAGCCUUCGAAGUGAUAGCAGCACAGGCCUUUCUCAAACCGGCAAGACUGUUCUUGGCAGUGUUCUUGGCGUUGUUGGUGGCCUUGGUCUUCUCUGUGCCGUUGCCUUGCUCCUCUUUUCACAACGAAAACGUCGGCGUCUCAACAAACGAGACAGCAAGACUGCCUUGGCGAGCGACAAGCAGAAGAGCUAUGCUAGUACUUGGACAACCCCAAAUGCAGCAGCUGCUAUUCGAGCUCGCGAGAUUGGCAGCGCCGGUGAGAGUGGGAUUGGUCAAGACGCGCACGAACGUUCCUUCCACGUUGUGUCUGGUCAACAUCUGCCGCAACCGCCAUCGAUGAUUCUACCUGGUCAACGCACACGAGGCGUAUCACCAUCACCCAUUGUGUUUCGAAAUGGUCAGCCGCCGCCAGGUACGGGCAAUAGCGACGGUCAAGAUCCAUUCUCAGACUCGGCUGCGAUAGCCUGGCCCUUGAGUGCAGGCAUGAUCAUGAGUGAUGCACAACCCUCGCCGGAUAGCAGUCCGACGACAUUCACACGCACAGGCCGGAUAGGUUCCUUAGCAGGACACUCGUCAAGAGCUUCAUUGACCGCAUCUGGCAGUCGAUUCGUCGAGCAUGGACUCUAA